UUUUAAACCGGUAAAAAUGGCGGAGUACGACCUAACAACCAGAAUAGCCAAUUUUCUGGACCGACACCUGGUUUUCCCGCUGCUGGAGUUCCUGUCCGUGAAAGAGGUCAGAGUUUAUCCUCUGAGUGAAGCUAACAACAUUAAUAGCAGGGCUAGCAGCCAUGCUAGGCAGGCUAACGCCAACACACUUUGCUGCUCCCCCCUCCCCUCUCUUCACCUGCUCAGCAGGCUCAGCCUGGCCCCGCCCACUCAGGUCCUUCCCCACUCCAUAGACAAACAACCGCUCUGCUGCUCCUCAGACACCGGAGCAGAAAAAGAUGAAGAAGAAGAAACAAAUUCUGUCUGUUCUCCAGCUCUGAGGGAGAAGAGGAGCAGCGUGGUGGCCCAGCUGAAGCAGCUGCAGUUGGAGACGGAGCCCAUCGUCAAGAUGUUCGAGGACCCGGAGACCACCCGGCAGAUGCAGUCCACCAGGGAUGGGAGGAUGCUGUUCGACUACCUGUCAGAAAAACACAGCUUCCGUCAGGAGUACUUGGACACGCUCUACAGGUAUGCCAAGUUCCAGUAUGAGUGCGGUAACUACUCCGGGGCGGCUGAAUACCUCUACUUCUUCCGGGUCCUGGUUCCGUCCACAGACAGGAACGCUCUGAGUUCUUUGUGGGGGAAACUGGCCUCUGAGAUCCUGAUGCAGAACUGGGAGGCGUCCAUGGAGGAUCUGACCCGUCUGAGGGAAACCAUCGACAACAACUCGGUGAGCUCUCCCCUCCAGUCGCUGCAGCAGAGGACCUGGCUCAUCCACUGGUCUCUGUUCGUGUUCUUCAACCACCCCAAAGGCAGAGACAACAUCAUCGACCUCUUCCUCUACCAGCCUCAGUACCUGAACGCCAUCCAGACAAUGUGUCCGCACAUGCUGCGCUACCUCACCACGGCGGUCAUCACCAACAAGGACGCGAGGAAGCGGCGGCAGGUGCUGAAGGACCUGGUGAAAGUCAUCCAGCAGGAGUCGUACACCUACAAGGACCCCAUCACCGAGUUUGUGGAGUGUCUCUACGUAAACUUUGACUUCGACAGCGCACAGAAGAAGCUGAGAGAGUGCGAGUCGGUUCUGGUGAACGAUUUCUUCCUGGUGGCAUGUUUGGAGGACUUCAUUGAGAACGCACGCCUCUUCAUCUUUGAGACUUUCUGUCGGAUCCAUCAGUGCAUCAGCAUCAGCAUGCUAGCAGACAAGCUGAACAUGUCUCCCGAGGUGGCGGAGCGGUGGAUCGUCAAUCUCAUCCGAAACGCCAGGCUGGACGCCAAGAUCGACUCCAAGCUGGGUCAUGUUGUGAUGGGGAACAACGCCGUGUCGCCGUACCAGCAGGUGAUUGAGAAGACCAAAAGCCUGUCUUUCCGCAGCCAGAUGUUGGCCAUGAACAUGGAGAAGAGGACGGCCCACGGCGGCAGGAACGAGACCCCGAAUUGGGCGGCUCAGGACUCGGGGUUCUACUGAGACGAACUCGACCUACAGGAAGAUCCAAACGGCUCGUUUUUAAUAAUAUUCAUGCCGUUUAUCCUCAGUCAGUACUUCUGUCACUUCUAGAGCUUCUAAGUCUAAAGACCUUUUAUUUAUUUAUUUAUUUAUUUAUUCUCUCUCUUCCUGUUUUCU